AUGACUAAAUGUGAUAUCUGUAACAAAGGGAUAACCACAAAGGUACCCGGACUGGAAUGCAGAUCCUGUGGCAAGGUGGUUCAUGCUAGUAAAGCUUGCUCUGGUCUCAACGCGAAGCAACUAUCUGCGCUUCGUAAUGCGGACAGACUAGACUGGACAUGCGAAGAGUGCCAUCAGAAUACACCUAACAGAAAGUCAUCCUUCAUUAUUCCAGAAGAAGACGAUGAAGACAAUGAUGUCGCGGUCUCUGACAAUAGCUCCGGCAAUUGUAUGAUAGACACAGAGAAGUUUCUAAAAGAUAUAACAGCAGAAAUGAAAAAAGUUUUAAAGAAAGAACUUCAACCAAUCGAAGCAUCAGUGAGCUUCUGUUGCACAAAAAUUGAUGAUCUUUCCAAAAUUGUCGAAGCUCAAAACAAACAUAUCCAGGAAUUAGAAAAGAAGUACAACUACCUUCAUAACGAAAAAACCCAUCUUGAGCUUGAAAUGAGCUCACUGAAACAAUAUCUACGUAAUAUUGAACAACAGCGUUUAGACAAAGUGAUAGAAGUGAUAGGUAUUCCUAAAGCUAAAGAUGAAAACCUUGUAAAUAUAUCUCUCAAACUAGCUGAGACACUCAACAUGGACAGGACGCAAGUAGUGAAUAUUACUCGUGUAGAAGGUCGAAAUAACCAAGAUGGAAACAUCCAAGUACAGUUCAAACAUGCAGAAAAUGUAAGCUUAUGGGUGCGAGCCUCGAAAAAGGAAGCAGUAGUGGUAGAACAAAUCAUCUCCGAGGCCCCUGUGGAAGUUGCUAAGACGAAAGUGAUCAUACGACGCGCCCUGACCAAAGCCAAUAAGUCGUUAUUAUGGCUAGCACAACAAAAACUAAGACCGGCCUACAAAUACGUCUGGUUCCAAGAUGGAAAGGUGCUACUACGUAAAGACGACAAAUCUAAGCCAAAGGUCGCGCGAAGCGAAGCUGACAUUGAGAAGCUCUCAGCACUAACGGAAAUAAUCGGCCAAAGUUCCAAGCGGUAA